UCCUGGUUAAAUGCUGGGUUCAGCUGCACAGCACAUCUGCACCUGACCUGGCUUUGGUAUGAACCUCCCCAAAGUCUUUGUGUCCUACUGCAUCCCUAUGUCACUCACCACCUUCUGUGUAUCUGUCUAUAAUGAUUUCUGGCAGCGAAAUCCAAAAUGACCCAUUCAUACAGUUUACCUUAAUCUCUCUGUCUUUCUCCAGGUGAAACAUCUGUCCGUGAAGAUUCCACUCUGCACUUCCAUCUGUCCAAGUUGAACAUCUUGUAGUCAGGAUGGGAGACGCAGAAAUGUCAGUGUUUGGGGUUGCUGCCUCAUACCUGCGCAAGUCAGACCGGGAACGUCUGGAGGCGCAGACUCGCCUCUUCGACAUGAAGAAGGAGUGCUUUGUGCCUGACCCGGUGGAGGAGUUUGUUAAGGCUUCUGUCACCAGUCGUGACGGAGACAAAGUCACCGUGGAGACAUACUCUGGGAAGACUUUGACAGUAAAAGACACCCAGCUCCUCCAGCAAAACCCUCCCAAAUUUGACAAGAUUGAGGACAUGGCCAUGUUAACUUUCCUGCACGAGCCUGCUGUGCUGUACAACCUCAAAGAGCGUUAUGCAGCCUGGAUGAUCUAUACCUACUCAGGGCUGUUCUGUGUCACUGUCAACCCCUAUAAGUGGCUGCCAGUGUAUGAUCAGUCUGUGGUCAUCGCUUACAGAGGAAAGAAGAGGAGUGAGGCUCCUCCUCACAUCUUCUCCAUCUCUGACAAUGCCUAUCAGUACAUGCUGACAGACCGCGAGAACCAGUCCAUCCUGAUCACUGGAGAAUCUGGUGCUGGGAAGACUGUGAACACCAAGAGAGUCAUCCAAUACUUUGCCAGCAUUGCUGCUGGAGGGAAGAAAGAAGUACUUGCCCAAAACAAGGGUACCCUGGAGGAUCAAAUCAUCCAGGCCAACCCAGCUCUGGAAGCGUUUGGUAAUGCCAAGACCAUCAGAAAUGACAACUCUUCAAGAUUUGGUAAAUUCAUCCGAAUCCACUUUGACACUCGAGGAAAGUUGGCGUCAGCUGACAUAGAGACCUACCUCCUAGAGAAGUCUCGUGUCACCUUUCAGCUGAAGGCAGAGAGAGAUUAUCACAUCUUCUAUCAGAUCUUGUCCAACAAGAAGCCUGAACUUAUAGAAAUGUUGCUCAUAACGAAUAAUCCCUACGACUAUGCCUUCAUCUCCCAGGGAGAAACUACAGUAACUUCUAUUGAUGAUACUGAAGAACUGUUAGCCACAGAUAGUGCAUUUGACGUGCUGGGAUUCACUCAAGAAGAGAAGAACUCUGUGUACAAGUUGACUGGGGCCAUCAUGCAUUAUGGAAACAUGAAGUUCAAACAGAAGCAGCGUGAGGAGCAGGCAGAAGCAGAUGGCACUGAGGAUACUGACAAGGCUGCUUAUCUGAUGGGUCUGAACUCUGCUGACCUCGUCAAGGGUCUCUGUCAUCCAAGGGUCAAAGUAGGAAACGAGUGGGUCACCAAAGGACAGAAUGUUCAGCAGGUGAACUAUGCAGUGGGUGCUCUGUCAAAGUCAGUGUACGAGAAGAUGUUCCUCUGGAUGGUGAUGCGAAUCAACCAAUCCCUGGAGACCAGGCAGCCUCGGCAGUACUUCAUUGGUGUCCUGGAUAUUGCUGGUUUUGAGAUCUUUGAGUUCAACAGCUUUGAGCAGCUGUGCAUCAACUUCACAAAUGAGAAACUGCAACAGUUUUUCAACCACCACAUGUUCGUACUGGAGCAGGAGGAGUACAAGAAAGAGGGAAUUGAGUGGGAGUUCAUUGACUUUGGCAUGGACUUACAAGCUUGCAUUGACCUGAUAGAAAAGCCCAUGGGCAUCAUGUCUAUCCUUGAAGAGGAGUGCAUGUUCCCUAAGGCCAGUGAUAUAACCUUCAAAGCCAAGCUCUAUGACAACCACCUGGGAAAGUCUGCCAACUUCCAGAAACCUCGAAUUGUAAAGGGGAAACCAGAGGCCCAUUUUGCCCUGGCUCAUUAUGCUGGUAUUGUGGACUACAACAUCAUGAACUGGCUGGUCAAGAACAAGGAUCCUCUGAAUGAGACUGUGGUGGCACUUUACCAGAAGGCGUCUAUGAAAUUACUGUCUCAGCUAUUUGCUAACUAUGCUGGUGCCGAUUCAGUUCUGGCUGAAGGAAAGAAAGAGAAGAAGAAAAAAGGAUCUUCCUUCCAGACAGUGUCAGCUCUUCACAGGGAGAAUCUGAAUAAGCUGAUGACCAACUUGAGGUCCACUCACCCUCAUUUUGUGCGCUGCAUCAUCCCUAAUGAGAGUAAGACUCCUGGGGCCAUGGAUAACCCUCUGGUCAUGCACCAGCUGCGCUGUAACGGUGUGCUGGAAGGCAUCAGGAUCUGCAGAAAGGGCUUCCCCAACAGGAUCCUGUAUGGAGACUUCAAACAGAGAUACCGUAUCCUGAACCCUGCUGCUAUCCCAGAGGGACAGUUUAUAGACAGCAGGAAAGGAGCAGAGAAGCUGCUGGGUUCUUUGGACAUUGAUCACCAGCAGUACAGAUUUGGACAUACCAAGGUGUUCUUCAAGGCUGGUCUACUGGGACUGCUGGAGGAGAUGAGAGAUGAACGUUUGUCCAAAAUCAUCACUGGAAUCCAGGCCAGGUCCCGUGGACUUCUUUCAAGAAUUGAGUACCAGAAGAUGGUGGAUCGCAGGGAUGCCUUGCUUGUCAUCCAAUGGAAUGUACGUGCCUUCAUGGGUGUGAAGAACUGGCCCUGGAUGAAGCUCUACUUCAAGAUUAAGCCUCUGCUGAGGUCUGCUGAAGCCGAGAAGGAGAUGGCCAAUAUGAAAGAGGAGUUCCUAAAACUGAAAGAAGCCUAUGCCAAGUCUGAAGCACGGAGAAAGGAGCUUGAAGAGAAGAUGGUCAGUCUUCUCCAAGAGAAGAAUGACCUGCAGCUUCAAGUCCAGGCUGAACAAGAUAAUCUUUGUGAUGCUGAGGAGAGAUGUGAAGGACUGAUAAAGAAUAAGAUUCAGCUGGAGGCCAAAGCCAAAGAGCUGACUGAGAGACUGGAUGAUGAGGAGGAGAUGAACGCAGAACUGACUGCUAAGAAGAGGAAGCUGGAAGAUGAGUGCUCUGAGCUCAAGAAAGACAUUGAUGAUCUGGAGCUCACUCUGGCUAAAGUGGAGAAGGAGAAGCAUGCCACUGAGAACAAGGUGAAGAACCUGACUGAAGAAAUGGCAGCUCUGGAUGAAAUAAUCGCCAGGUUGACCAAGGAGAAGAAGGCUCUACAGGAGGCUCACCAGCAAACCCUGGAUGACCUGCAGAGUGAGGAAGACAAAGUCAACACUCUGACAAAGGCCAAAGCCAAGCUGGAGCAACAAGUGGAUGAUCUUGAAGGAUCUCUGGAACAGGAGAAGAAGAUCCGCAUGGAUCUUGAGAGAGCCAAGAGGAAGCUUGAAGGAGACCUAAAGCUGUCUCAGGAGAAUGUUAUGGACCUGGAGAAUGACAAGCAGCAGCUUGAAGAGAGGCUUAAGAAGAAAGACUUUGAGAUAAACCAGCUGAAUGGGAAGAUUGAAGAUGAACAGUCUUUGAUGGCACAGCUUCAGAAGAAACUUAAGGAGCUACAGGCACGAAUUGAGGAGCUUGAGGAAGAGCUGGAGGCUGAGAGAGCUGCCCGUGCCAAGGUGGAGAAACAGAGGGCAGACUUGUCCAGAGAGCUGGAGGAGAUCAGUGAGAGACUGGAGGAGGCAGGUGGGGCCACCUCUGCCCAGAUUGAAAUGAACAAGAAGAGGGAGGCCGAGUUCCAAAAGAUGCGCAGAGACCUCGAAGAGGCCACCCUGCAGCACGAGGCCACCGCAGCUACACUGAGGAAGAAGCAAGCUGAUAGUGUGGCUGACCUUGGGGAGCAGAUCGACAACCUGCAGCGAGUAAAGCAGAAGCUGGAGAAGGAGAAGAGUGAGCUCAGACUUGAGCUGGAUGAUGUGGUCUCCAAUAUGGAGCAGAUCAUUAAGACCAAGACUAACCUGGAGAAGAUGAGUAGAACUCUAGAAGAUCAAUCCAAUGAGUACAGGAUUAAGUGUGAGGAAAACCAACGGGCUCUCAAUGACUUCACAACACAGAGAGCAAAACUUCAGACAGAAAAUGGGGAGCUGGCAAGACAGCUGGAAGAGAAGGAAAGUCUAGUUUCACAGCUGACCAGGGGCAAGCAAUCAUACACUCAACAGAUUGAGGAUCUUAAAAGACAACUGGAUGAGGAGAUCAAGGCAAAAAAUGCACUGGCCCAUGCGGUGCAGUCUGCUCGCCAUGACUCUGACCUGCUGAGGGAGCAGUAUGAGGAAGAGCAGGAAGCAAAGGCUGAGCUGCAGCGCAGUCUCUCCAAGGCCAACUCUGAGGUGGCUCAGUGGAGAACCAAGUAUGAGACUGAUGCCAUCCAGAGAACUGAGGAACUGGAGGACGCAAAGAAGAAACUGGCUCAGAGACUGCAGGAUGCAGAAGAGGCUGUGGAAGCUGUCAAUGCUAAAUGCUCCUCCCUAGAGAAGACCAAGCACAGGCUGCAAAAUGAGAUUGAAGAUCUCAUGGUGGAUAUGGAGAGAUCCAAUGCAGCUGCUGCAGCUCUGGAUAAGAAGCAAAGGAACUUUGAUAAGGUCCUGGCAGAGUGGAAGCAGAAAUAUGAAGAGUCUCAGAGUGAGUUGGAAGGCUCCCAAAAGGAGGCCAGAUCUCUGAGCACUGAGCUCUUCAAGCUGAAGAACUCCUAUGAGGAGUCCUUGGAUCACCUGGAAACAAUGAAGAGAGAGAACAAGAUUCUACAAGAGGAAAUCUCUGACCUCAGUGAGCAACUUGGUGAGGGUGGGAAGACUAUCCAUGAGCUGGAGAAGAUCCGUAAGCAGCUUGAACUGGAGAAGGCAGAGAUCCAAGCAGCUCUGGAAGAAGCAGAAGCAUCUCUUGAGCAUGAAGAAGGGAAGAUCCUGAGAGCUCAGCUGGAGUUUAACCAGAUAAAAGCAGAUAUUGAGCGCAAGCUCACGGAAAAGGAUGAAGAGAUGGAGCAGGCCAAGAGGAACCAGCAAAGAGUGGUGGAUACUCUGCAAAGCUCUCUGGAGGCAGAGACCCGCAGUAGGAAUGAGGCUCUCAGGAUUAAGAAGAAAAUGGAGGGAGACCUCAAUGAGAUGGAGAUCCAACUCAGUCAGGCCAACAGACAGGCCUCUGAGGCUCAAAAGCAGCUCAAAGCCCUCCAUGCACACCUGAAGGAUGCUCAACUGCAACUGGACGAAUCCCUUCGUGCCAAUGAUGAUCUGAAAGAAAACAUCGCCAUUGUAGAGAGACGCAACAAUCUCAUGCAGGCAGAGCUGGAAGAGCUGAGGGCCGUGUUGGAGCAGACAGAAAGAGGCCGGAAACUGGCUGAACAAGAGCUGCUGGAUGUCAGUGAGAGGGUGCAGCUGCUGCACUCACAGAACACCAGCCUGCUCAACCAGAAGAAGAAGCUGGAAGGUGACAAUUCCCAGCUUCAGACAGAGGUGGAGGAGGCUGUACAGGAGUGCAGGAACGCAGAAGAAAAAGCAAAGAAGGCCAUCACUGAUGCUGCCAUGAUGGCAGAGGAGCUAAAGAAGGAGCAGGACACGAGUGCUCACCUGGAGCGCAUGAAGAAGAACAUGGAACAGACUAUCAAGGACCUCCAGCACCGUCUGGAUGAAGCUGAGCAAAUCGCCAUGAAAGGAGGCAAGAAGCAAGUGCAGAAACUGGAAGCCAGGGUAAAGGAGCUUGAAAUUGAGGUUGAGGCUGAGCAGAAGAAGAGCAGUGAUGCUGUGAAGGGCAUACGGAAGUAUGAGAGACGCAUCAAAGAGCUCACCUACCAGACUGAAGAGGACCGUAAGAAUUUGGCCCGUCUGCAGGAUCUGGUGGAUAAGCUGCAGUUAAAGGUCAAGUCCUACAAGAGAUCUGCAGAAGAGGCUGAGGAACAGUCUAACUCUAAUCUGACCAAGUUCCGCAAGCUGCAGCAUGAGCUGGAUGAGGCAGAGGAGAGGGCCGACAUUGCAGAGUCCCAGGUCAACAAGCUGCGUGCCAAGACCCGUGAUGUGGGGUCAAAGAAAGGGUUUGAUGAAGAGUGAAGCUCUCAGAUGGACCUUUCUCACCUCCAUCUCUGCUGUGCUGUAGCCUUCCCUCUACUAUCACUGUCCAUUUCCUCUAAUUGUGUGCAAUAAAAUCUGUUUCAGCAACUC